AUGUCGUUCUUUGAGAACCACAGAUUGCCUGCAUCUACUGUGGGCUUGUCCCAACUGCGUUGGAAAAUACUUCAUUCUGAACUAGUUUACAUUGAGAUAUCUGUUGAAAUACCAAAAACAGAUUUUAACUACUACUGGCUGGGACACAAAAUUUGGUUUUUGUUAAUUGGUUUAAAUGGAUCGAAAAAAAAAGAAACGAAAUUAGCACAAUCACAGCCGCCGGAAAAAGUUUUCCGCUGUGAAAAGCAUGAAGCUUCCUCAUCCCAAGGCUCGUUGGUCUGUGAAGAAGUGGUGGAAGAAUCAUUCGAGGAAAGUCAACUUGAAAUAAAUGAUAUUUACGAGGAGGUGAAUCGCUUGAGACGGCGUGUGAGUCGACUGAACCACAUGCUUGGCACCAAUAUACCAGAAUGUCCAAAUAUCGAUCUCUGCGAGCAUGAACAUAUGUUAUUGACGAUGCCUGACCAAAUCCACCCCGAGAUUCUUCAAAUCGAGAUUGAUAGUAAGAAACUAAACACUCAACUGACACAGUUACAACUUCUUGAAAAAUCAGCCGUUCAGGCCACAGAAUCAGUGCGUGAUGUUCAAGUCAAGAACAAAACACUAGUUGACCAGUUGCAGAGCGGAAUUAAGGAGUUGGAUUCCUUUAAACUUAUAUUCGAAAAACAUCAAGUGCUGUGCCAGGAACGAUAUUGGUUUUUGGAAAGGGAUAAAGCAAGUGGCACGGAAAUCCAAGAUUGUGGGGACAGAAGAGCCAAUUUCAUACAAAAUCAUCUAAAAAAACAGGUAGUCAAGGAUGACUAUGAGCCCCGUAGAAAAGAAGCCCUUAAAGUGGUGCUGCAUUUAAGAAGAGCCUCAGAGAACCUACAGAAACAUCUGUCAAACGAAAUAAACAACAAAAAACUUGAACUCUUCCAAAACUUGUAACAAGUAAAUUAAAAUGGCCAAAUUAAAUUGAUCACAUAUAACA